AAACCAGUGUCGAAUUUACUGUACCAAGAGAUUGAUUAAGGUUUUGAUACGGAGACAAAGAUGAUGAUGAGUAGCAGCAGCAGUAGUAGUUGUAGUAGUAGUAGUUAUACAAGAGGCGUAAAAACUCCGUCAUCUGCAAUUACGAAAAUUGGGAAGAAUGUGAAAGGUGGUGAAAAUGGUGUUGUAAACCGAAAGGCGUUAAAUCGAGAGAAGAUAAUUGCUCUGCAACAAGAUGUUGAAAAGCUGAGGAAGAAGCUUAGACUUGAAGAGAACAUUCGCCGAGCAAUGGAAAGAGCAUUUAAUAGACCUCUCGGAGCACUUCCCCGCCUUCCUCCGUUUCUCCCUCCAUCGAUUUUGGAGUUACUUGCGGAAGUGGCUGUUAUGGAGGAAGAAAUGGUUCGGUUAGAAGAAUAUAUUGUCCAUUGUAGACAAGAAUUGUAUCAAGAAACAGCUUUUACAUCUUCAUCGAUAGCGAACUUAAAAUGCUCGGUUGAUGUGCCUAAGCAUGUGCAGAGCAGAUACAAGCCAGCUUCUAGUAAUGUUAGAGAAUCUGAAUCACCUCGUUGGCGGGAACCGUGUUCUGUUUCAGAGAGUCGGAGGGGUAAAGAGAACAAGUUGAGUGCUACUUCUAUCAAAACACCGAUAAAGAAAAUGACUAUUUUGGCUCAUACACAACUGAAUAAGAGUUUAGAAGCUCAGAAACUUGAGCAGGAAAGUCAUAGAUGUCGCAAAACAAAUGCAGAGCGGAGCUCUCAUGGUGGCAGUGAUGACCCAAAUAAAAUUUCCGAGGAUUUAGUUAAAUGUUUGUCUAACAUUUUCAUGAGAAUGAGCUCAAUAAAAAGAUCCGCGGUUACGAAAUCUCAAGAAAACGAUAAAGAUACGGCAUUCAGGGAUCCUUAUGGAAUUUGCUCCAGCUUUAGUAGAAGAGAUAUUGGUCCAUAUAAGAAUUUCAGUGAUAUUGAAGCAGCUUCAGUAAACCAAAAUAAAACGUCUAGUUCCUCUUCGUUUCUCAUCCGUCAACUGAAACGUCUGCUUGGAAAACUUUCUUCAGUUAACUUGCAGAAACUUAAUCAACAAGAGAAGUUAGCUUUCUGGAUAAACAUUUAUAACAGCUGCAUGAUGAAUUGUUUCCUUGAACAUGGAAUACCGGAGAGCCCUGAUAUGGUGACACUAAUGCAAAAGGCGACUAUAAAUGUGGGAGGCCACUUUCUCAAUGCAAGCACAAUCGAACACUUCAUCCUCCGCUUACCGUAUCACUCAAAAUAUAUUUCUCCAAAGGGAUCAAAGAAAAAUGAAAUGGCAGUGAGAAGUAAAUUUGGAUUGGAAUUGUCAGAGCCACUUGUAACAUUUGCUCUCUCUUGUGGUACCUGGUCCUCACCCGCGGUAAGGGUGUACACUGCGAGUAAAGUAGAGGAGGAGUUGGAGGUGGCAAAAAGAGAGUACCUAGAAGCAUCCGUGGGGAUAUCGGUGGCGAAAAUGGGGAUACCGAAACUAAUGGAUUGGUAUAGUCAUGACUUUGCAAAGGACAUUGAAUCAUUACUUGAUUGGAUUUGCCUUCAGUUGCCUACUGAGUUGGGGAAAGAUGCUCUCAACUGUGUUCAACAAGGGAUGUCUCAGCCCCCUUCUUCUACUCUUGUCCAUAUUAUCCCUUAUGACUUCACUUUUAGAUACCUUUUUUCCAUCUGAAAAUGUUUUUUUUCCUUAGGGGUUUCUCUUCUCUCUUUCCUUAGGGGUUUCUUUUCUCUCUUUUAGUAGUCUUUGUUUUUUUUUCUGAGGUUUCAAUAAGUUUUGUUUACACUUUACAGCAAUAUAAAAAAGUACAUAAAUAAGGAGCUAUUGAAAUUAUCAUAUUGUGUUCAGUUUAGUGUGGUGGUUGUAUAAAUAACCUGAAUUCAA